AUGAGUACAAGAAAGAGAAAAGCGUCAAUUCCGCCAAUAACACUAACGUUGGAUUGACCAGAAGCGUGUUGGGCGUGCUGUGAGUGGUUUAGUAGUAGUAGUGUGUGUACGGUGCACGUGAGGAGAAGCAGCCGAGAUUUCCACCCUCUGUAACAACAAAUGUAUUUUUGCUAAACGGAGGCACGGAUGUAUACCGUUUCGUAUCAAAUCAAGUUGUAGUUUUUGUUCAAGGUUCGAGCGUUUUUUUUUUUAUACUGGCGACAUGGGUUUUCAGCGGGAGAUGAUGUUUGUGGUGCAGUUUGUGAUGAGAUGGGGUGUUGUGAUGCUAGUGAUGCAGAUAUGUCUCGCUAUGAGGAUAACCGGACAACAGACGGACACAAGGGCGACCAGCAGAGUGAUCGGACCAGCGGGUGUGGUCACUGUACCCGGGGGUCGAAUACGUGGCCAACGGGUCCGCUUGACAAACCGUCACCUCAGUGCCGUGGAUCAGUACCUUGGGGUACCGUACGCGAGACCCCCUACCGGUCAUCUGCGCUUUCGGCCCCCACAAUCUCCUCCAGUGAGCUGGACGGAGGUCCGGAAUGCCACUAAACUUUCCCCUGCGUGUCCGCAGGUUGUUCGGACGGCUGAGGCCGACAUGCCGAGAUGGAAAAGUGAACCUCUAAGACACCGAUGGCCGUAUCUUCAAGUCAUGGACGAGGACUGUCUUUUCCUCAAUGUUUACGUACCUACGAAAGGUGAGUGA